AUGCGCUCUGCAGCGCGUGUCGAUCGCGCAUGCGCCGGCGGACGAGAGGAGCUGUGCCGAGCCGCCGGCGCGCGGCCCCUCAUGGCCAAGCGGCGCGCGGAGCCCUUAAUGUGUCACGUGCCCGUGAAGCGGCUCCUGCGCGAGCCGCCGCUGUCCCGCGCGGGCGAGCGCCGUUCCCGGGCAGAGCCGGGGCGUGAGGGCCCCGCCGCGCCCAAGCGCCCGCUCGAGGAGGCGGAGGCGCCGCCCAGGAAGCGGCCCGGGCCCGGCGCCCCCCGCGAGCAGCCGGGGGACGAGGGUGCCGGGCGGCGGCGGCGCGGCGGGAGCGCGGAGCCCCAGGACGCGCCGGUGGAAGAGGGAUGCGCCGGCGGCCGGGUCAAAGAGCGGGCCGUCGCCGCCGCCGAGCAAGAAGAAGAAUUCUGUCAGUAUAAUUCAUUCCUGUACUGGAGAGCACCACUGCCUGCUAUUGAUUUGUCUGAUAUUCAGAACCCAGAUGAAGAUACUUCAUCGGAYGCUAAAACUGCUGCAAGGACUGAUACUACAGAGACCGAAAUGGAAACCUGAUCAUUGUUUCAUAGCGGUGGUGCAUCUGUUCCCAGGAAACUUGUUUCCAUUGGGAUUCAGGUUUUGUUCUGUAGGUGAAUAAGCAUGCUUAUGCCAUCUUGGAGAAGCUGUUGUGGCAGUCUUUAAAAGCAAAUCUGAGUUGCCUAAGUAGAUGGGAAAAUCAGUUUUGGGUGCUUACUAGUAAGCUGUCUGAACGCGUGCAGUACGGAGGAGGCUGUGUGAUGUUUAACAAGAAUACCUGAAAACAUGGAGGCAGACUAAAAGAAGAAUGCAGAUAAUUAGAACUCUGGGGUGCGGUUAAAAGAAUCAGGUGGAUAUAUUAUAUGUUGUAAGGAAAUGGAACAUCAAUUUGUCUGCCCUGAACAAAAAAAAAAAAAAAAAA